AUGGCAGCCUGCCCAACUAUCUCCACUGCCUGCAUACAGCUGUUUCAGAACAGUGCCGAUCAACCCAGGUUUAUGUUUCCUUUCCAAGGGCGUUCGAAUAUAAUUACCAUCCAUCGAUUACAGAUGUUACCAUUACUGAGUGUGUGCCUUAUUAGUUUGUUCUUUAUUACAGAGUUCGGUUGUAGAAGAACGAAACGAAGCACACAUCAGGAAGUCAUGCUCUUUCCAACAACAACAGCAAAAGCGCAUAUAAGAGAACUUGAGGAAGAAGUGAAGCUCCUCAAGAACCUUUCGCACCCCAAUAUUGUGAGGUACCUCGGGACUGUCCGUGAGGAAGACACACUGAAUAUCCUGCUGGAGUUUGUUCCUGGAGGGUCUAUCCAGUCGCUUCUUGGAAAACUCGGUUCAUUCCCGGAGGCAGUCAUUAGGAAGUAUACUAGGCAGAUUUUGCAAGGGUUGGAAUAUCUGCAUAGCAAUGCAAUAAUACAUAGAGACAUUAAGGGUGCAAACAUUCUUGUUGAUAACAGAGGCUGCAUUAAGCUUGCCGAUUUUGGGGCAUCUAAGCAAGUUGCCAAGUUGUUUUACCGCGAUCCUCUGUCGCUUCCGCACCUCUACGCCGCCGCGCCUAGCCCUAGUCGCCGCCGCGCCAACUCCUCCACCCUCCUGCCGCCGCCGUCGCUACCCUUCCCGUAG